AUGGCGUCGCCACCGCCGCCGCCGGCGAAGAAACCCUCGCAACUCCACCCAACCACCAUGACCGACCUCGACGACGACAACCUGCGCGAGAUCUUCCUCCGCCUCCCCUCCCUCCCGAGCCUCGUCCGCGCCGCCCUCAGCUGCCGCGCCUUCCUCGACGCCGUCCGUUCCCCCGCUUUCCGCCUCCAGUUCCGCGCGCUCCACCCACCCCCACUCCUGGGCCUCUUCCUCGGCAUCCAAUACACCGUCACUCCUACCUUCGUGCCUCUCCUCCGCCGCUCCGACCCGGACACCGCAGCCGCCGUCCGCGGCGCCGAUUUCUUCCUCACCCGCCUCCCCGUCUCCGAGGACGACAAAGAGGAUGCCGGCCCCGGCCCCGUCCCUAAAGACGGCAAGGAGGAUGCCGUCUCUGUCCCCGUCCCCAACCCCGAAGACGACGGCAAGGAGGACGUCUCUGUUCCUGUCCCGGAAGACGAGGAUGUCAUCUCCGUCCCUGUCCCCGUCUCUGAAGACGACGACGAGGAUGCUGUCUCUGUCUCCGAAGACGACGACGACGAGGAAGCUGUCUUCGAGUGGUCAAUCGGCGCCUGCCACGACGGAUUUGUUGUUCUCGACAACUGGAGCAGCCGACAGGUGGCCGUCUACAACCCGCUCAGGCGGACCAUGGACCUCUUUCCCCUGCCGCCCCACAGGGACGAUUGCGAGGGCUUGCAUUUUGAUUACCACAUUCUCGCCGAAGAAGAAGACUGCCGGUCGUCGUACCGCGUCAUGCCAUCGGACGCCCGUGUGCUUAACACGGCUACGAUGCAAUUCUGUCGGAUGGACAUGCCACCGAGCAGCAGAGUUAAUGAAAUGUUGACGGCCGGCGAGACCAAGGAUGGAAGGCUUUGUGUGGUCUUCGCACCUAAUGUAGAACUGAAUUCCAAAUCCGCGCUCGUUGUUUGGACAUGGAGAGCCGAUGAUGACAAUGGUGUCGAGAGAUGGAUGCAGGACAAGUCGCUUCCGUUGCAGGAGAUCCUUGGGAUUGUUCAAUGUGAUUUCAGAGAUGAUGUUAAAAGAAUUGAAGUGAGUGUCAAGGCGAUCAUCGAUGGCUUUGUGUACUUGUCUGCUUAUUGUGGGAGGUGGCAGCAUCAUCAUUCAACUUGCUGGCUCCUAUCCUUCUGCAUGGAAACAGCGGUGCUGAACAACCUUGGUCGUAUCCUCCAUGCGUCUUCCUAUCCCUACAUCAUGCCAUGGCCUCGUUCUCUGGUACACAGCAAGGUGCGCCCUUGA